AUGCGUCUGAUUUCACUUGUCUCGCUAACCACGACCAUUGCCAUUGUCUCACUUGCAGAUUCAUCAAGCAAAGUGUUCAGAAACCCCAACUUUGUGAUCUUCAUGAGUGACGACCAGGACUAUCUGAUGCACUCGCUCGACUACUUGCCGUAUGUUCAGAGGCGCUUCAUCAACGAGGGCACUCAGUUCACGCACUACCACACCACCAGUGCCACUUGCUGUCCGUCGCGCGUGUCGUUCUGGCUCGGCCAGUUUGCCCACAACCACAAUGUCACCGACGAGAAUCGGCCCCACGGAUCGUACUACAAGUUCCAGGACAGCCACUUGGACGACGCCUGGCUGCCGCUGUGGCUGCAGCAGGAAAACUACAAGAACCACUACAUUGGCAAGUUUAUCAACGGACUCGAUGCCAACAACACGGCGGCACCAAAGGGCUGGGAGCACUUUGAGCCUCUGAUCUCCCCUGGAAUCUACAACUUUACGAACCCCAUCUUCUCGCUUAACGGCGGCCCGCUGGAAAAGCACCCAGGCGUAUACCAGACCGAUCUGAUCCUGGAGAAGUCUCUGGCACGUAUCGACGACAUCGCCAACAGUGACGAUCCCGUUCCUCCGAGCGUCAUAAAGCAUUUGUUCCCGGAUGCCAAGGUUCCACGCGACCCGAACUUCAACCCGCUGGUGCAGGACAAGGUCGGCUGGGUCAAGGAUCUGCCGCUGCUGUCGCCGCUCCAGAUCAACGCCAUCGACGAGCACUACCGCCAGCGUCUGCGCUCGCUGCAGGCCACUGACGAGCUCGUCGAGGCGAGAAGGAACCUGGUUGACAACACCUACUUUAUCUACACCACCGACAACGGCUACCAUCUCGGCCAUCACCGCAUGUUUGCUGGAAAGCAGACUCCGUACGACACUGAUGUGCGUAUUCCGUUUAUCAUCCGCGGACCUGGUAUCGCCAAGAAGCAGAUCAACGACAGCCCUGCUACUAGUUCACACUUUGCUGCCACUGUCCUUGACCUCGCCAACAUUGAGCGUCCGGACGGACUGGAUGCCACGUCACUGUUUGACCCGAAGAAGACUGAAUCGUUUGCCAUCGAGUUCUGGAACAAUAACAUUGUUGAGGGUGGUUCCAUGGAGACCCACAUCAACAACACGUACAAGGCUGUGCGUCUUGUGAGCAAGGACUUCAACAUCUACUACUCGGCAUGGUGCACACGCGAGCACGAGCUCUACGAGAUGAACAGCGACCCGUACCAGCUGGUGAACAAGUACAACCGGACGGAUCCCAAUUUCCUCAACCGCCUCGAUGCCCUGCUUCAUGUCUUGCAUGACUGCAAGGGUGAUGUGUGCCAGCGCCCGUGGAACACGCUGCACAAGGACGGCAAGGUCAAGAGCCUCAAGGAUGCGCUCAAGCCCAAGUACGAUGAGCACUACAAGGCGCUGCCCAAGUUCCGGUUCCUCGAGUGCAAGGUCUACUACGACCCCGAAUAA